UCCUACCUCCGCGCGGCGCGGACCCCUGGGCUGCUGAGCCGCGCCACCGUGUGGCGGCGACCUCGGCGCCGGAGUCGUCGACGGCGGCCACCUACCUUGCAUUCCCUUCCCUUUUUCGUUCAGUACGUCUUCCUCAAUUCGAUCUCUCGGUCUGUUGCAACGCACUCAAACCCUAGGCGAAGCUCAGGAAAAGCUGCCCAAGACCUACGAGGCAAGGACCCAGAUCGGCAUCUUCGCCUUCACAUCGAUCGGACGCCUCAAGACCGUCCUGUGUUGCCCUGUCCUGCAAAACAGUUUCUGGGCAAACCAAGAUUGAUGAAGAAGUAAUGUCAAUGAGGGCUACUGGAGGAGCAGUCAGCUACCACACAGAAGCAUCACUGAGCAUUGAUUUGAGAGUCAUCUGACCCUGCGGUGGUUGUCUGUUUGUCUUUCAUCAAGGAUGGAAGGUGAAUUAAUGUCGACCAUCAAGACCGCUGUCUCAACCACCACAGGAAUUAUCUCUGGGUUCAAUGAUUGGGUGGGAUUCUUUCAAUGGCUGCGUCCUGACAAUAAUCAAGAGUCUAAGCAGCAGCAUGAGGAGCUUUGGAAGCUCCAGACAACUCUUCCUCUUAUGCAAGUGAUGAUUGACCGAGCUGAAUGGUCAAUCCAUAAGGAAGGUGUUCCGAUACUGCUACAAGAGCUAAAGGAUGUGUCUUAUGACACAGAAGAUCUUAUUGAAGAGUUCAAAUACUUUAAGCUGAAAUCAGAGAUGGAUGGUCCACAAUCACUAUUGAAGCGAUCAUUGGAUUUCAUCAAGAAUGACAUCUUAUCUAGCUUUGACAAAGUGAAGCUUUUACAACAAAGAGCUGAACAUCUGAUGAGUCAAAUGAAUGAUUUGGAUUUGCAGCAAGAAACUCCACACUUUGAUAGGUCAGCCAGACCUGAGACAAGUUCUUUUCCUGAUUCAAAGGUCUUCGGUCGCCAGAAAGAAAUAGUGGCACUGAAAGUAUUGCUUGGUGUACCGGUACCUAUUCCUAGUGGGUCAAAAAGGAAGAAAGGUCACCCUGCAGCUGCUGAGGCCACUGCACAGAAAGAUUGCAUGGAUUAUCCAGUGAACGGUGAUGUGUCUGUGCUGGCAAUAGUGGGGAUUGGAGGUGUCGGCAAAACUACGUUGGCACAACAGAUAUGCCAGGAUCAACAUGUGAAAGGGUACUUUGAUCAAAUACUUUGGACAUGUGUUUCAGACGACUUUGACACUAAGAGGAUAACCAAAGAGCUGGUGCAUUCCUGUGGAGAAGACAUAGCAUCAGAUAAUCUAGACUACCUUCAAAAUAAGCUGGCUAAAGUUGUCGGACUGAACCGGUUCUUGGUAGUUUUGGAUGAUGUGUGGGACGAUUCCCUGAAAGAUAAUGGGCAGGAGUGGCAAAAGUUUUGUGCACCUCUCACAACCGGAGUUCAGGGAAGUAUGAUUCUGAUGACUACUAGAUCCUCAAAGGUAGCUAAGCUAGUAUGCACAUUGAGUCCAUUUCAGCUUCAAGGCUUAGAAGAGGAUACCUUUUGGGAGUUCUUUAAAGCAUGUGCUCUGGACGGAAAGAGGUCCACUAUGGAUAUCAAGCUAGCAAGCAUUGGUAGAAUGAUUGUGCCAAAGCUGAAAGGUUCUCCGUUAGCUGCAAAGACACUUGGGCGCCUGCUAAGAAUGAAGAUUGACACUGUUCACUGGAGCAAUAUUCUAAAUAGUGAGCUGUGGGAACUGAAGCAGGAAGUAGGUGAUAUUCUUCCAGCCCUUACAUUAAGCUAUUUGUAUUUGCCACGACAUUUGAGGAGGUGUCUAGCAUUGUGUGCGAUGUUUCCUAAGGAUCAUAAGUUCAAGAAAACGGUUCUUGUUGACCUUUGGUCUGCUCAAUGCUUUGUGGAGCAAGAUAAGAUGUGUAUGCAUACAGCUGGAGACUGGUGUUUUGAAGAGCUCGAAAGUCGCUGUUUCUUCCAAGAGGUUGUUGCAUCAUCAGCAUCAGCAGUAUCAUCAAGAAAUAGGAAGUAUGUAAUGCAUGAUUUAAUUCAUGACAUGAUACAACUAGUUUCUGGAAAUGAAUGUUUUGUUAUAAGAAAUGAAACGGAUCUGUCGAAUGUACCUGAGAAAGUUCGGCACAUAUCAUUGUUCACAAGCAAGGGUUUUGAUCAUCAAAAGCUAUUGGCAUUAACAAGGUGUAAGAAGCUGCGGUCUAUUCUGAGCAUGGAGCAACUCGGAAAAGGAAAAUUUUCCCUCUAGUUAAUUCUUGGUCCAGAGAGCUAAAAUAUUUGCGUUUCCUAUCGUGUUGCUUCACCAAGUUAACCAUGUUACCAGAGGCAAUUCCGAACUUCAAACUCCUUUGCUGCUUUAAGGUUCACUGUCCCAGGCGUUGGACUAUGGACUCAUUUCCGGAGUCAUAUUGUUCUCUUUAUAACCUACAGAAAUUUGAGGCUAAAAACUGUACCUUUGGAAGCUUGCCAACGGAAUUCAGGAAGCUUGUUAACCUGCAGUCCUUUGAAGUAAAAAAAUUUGUUCACGGAAGAAACUGCACUAAAUUUUGGGGAAUAUCAGUGGAUGUGUUGAAAAACAUGCAUCUGCAAGGAGUGUUGUAUCUGAAGUUGUCAGAUGUGAGACUGGCUGGUUGUGCGGAGCUUUAGUUGAGCAAGAGAAAGCAUAUUCAGGUGCUAACUUUAGAUUUUUAUCAUACCAUGAAGACCCAAGAUGAGGAGCAGGAAAUGCUUGAAGCUUUCUGUCCCCACCAAGAUAUUAAAUUUCUGGAACUCAGAGGUUUCAAAGGUGAAUCUACUCCAACAUGGUUUCGUCCUUCACAUUUGAAGAGUUUAGUGCAACUUCGGUUGAUGUUUGCUCAUAUUCUUGAAGUAUCUUGGACUGGUAGCGAAGUAUUCUCAUCCAUCAUAGAUCUCUAUAUUUUGUACUGUCCUCGAUUAUUAUCCCUUGAACGUAUUUUACAACCAGCUAGUCUUCCAGCAAUCAAAGUUAUUGUCAUUAGAGAAUGUGAAGCAUUGUCAUAUCUGCAAGGUGAAAGGUUUGGAGAAUUCAGUUCUUUAAAAGAAUUGAAGCUAAGCAAGUGUCCAAACGUUCACUGGAAUGGACUGGUUCUCCCGUUAUCUCUUAUAAGUUUGCACCUCGAAGACUGUGGGGAUGUGUCAAAUUACAUUCCAAGCUGUUUGGUUAACCUUGAGAAUUUGGUACACAUGUCCUUGAUAAGGCUGAGUUACAUCAAAUCAAUUCCAGCGGAAAUCUGGUCUGAUAACUUGCCAGAAAUAGAGACAAUUGAAAUCUCUGGCUGUCCUGACCUGGUAUCUAUAGGUGGAUCAAAAUCAAUUGAGCAUAUUAAAAAUGCCUUUGUCGAAUCCUGUGCGAAGCUGAUGGGAUUGAUACAACCUCUUAAAAGAGGAUAGCAUCCUUGUAAGUCUCGUUGAUAGGCCCCUGCCCAGCGCUAACUGUGGGACUCAGUUCAACUCAUUGAAAGCCAUCUUCCCAGCUGGAUCCACUGCAGGCAGAGAGAGUUGUUAGACCUUUAUCCAUGAUGGGUGUUGAAUUCCUAACCUGAAGUCUUGGAUGCUGUUUGAUGUGGAGAUGAGAUGACUCGGAAGCUCUUGCCCUCAAAACUUGUUUCCUGGCCUGCAUGUACUCAUUGGAAGUUUUGUUUAGUCAUGUGGUCAUGAUGUUACUCCCAGCACACUGUUGUGACUGUCGUGCCAAGUGAAGUGUUUCCCCUGGCACGCACUUUGCCAGUUUGGGUGUGAUAUCUCAUUUAACGCUUGCUGCCGACUGUGCGCUGACAUGUCUUGUUGUGCAAUGAGAAUGGAUACUUACAUGCUAGUGGUAGUUAAGAUGUGAGUUGUAUGGGUUGCUAGUGCUUUACCAUGGUGCCAUCAGCUAAAGAUACGUUGGUGUUAAACCUUUUUACUUGUCUGACGGCUAUUGCAAUGAAGCUCUCUCACAAUUA